CGGGAGACGCUAUGACGUCACAACGGAGAGUGAUCUGUCAAUACGCGGUGGAGAAAUGAGAAUUUCUGACCGAGCAGCGGUUCGCGACGGUUUUGCGUGUUUGUGAAGGUGGAAAAUGGCCUCGCACCGGGAGCUUUUGUGUUUUCCUGAGCGCUCCACGGAGGACGCGCGCUUUUAAAGCGGUCGCGUGCACGAGCCGCUCGCCUGCCGUCGCCAUCGACCUAAACUGGUAUUGUGUUGAAAAUAAAGAAGAUAUCCAGCAUCCAGACGCGUAUACUGAGCCCUAUGCUACUCUCAUCAGGUGAGAGAUGGAUAUGAGAGAGGUUUAUGUCGUGUCCGGCAGCUUCGUGGGCUUUCAGCUCUUCUUCUCCUGCAUCAGUCCGGUUCUGUCCUCCAACUUCUCGCAGGGUUACGGGAGGUUACCACCCAACAAACUCAACGACUGGAACUCCAGGUUGGUAUCAACCGUCCAUGCAUUAAUCGUGGGCUUGUUCUGUCUCUAUAUCCUCUGGUAUGAUGAUGCCGUCAACAAAGACCCAGUCUGGGGAGAUCCUAACUUGGUAAAGCUGAAUGUUGCUAUCACCUGUGGAUAUCUCUUUUAUGAUCUUUUGCUAUUAGCUUGUAACUGGAGAAUUAUGGGAGAUGUGUUUUUUGUCUGUCACCACUUGGCGGCACUGUAUGCUUAUGGAUAUGUUCUGACACAGGGAAUGCUUCCUUAUUUCGCAAACUUCCGGCUGAUUUCAGAACUGUCGACGCCAUUUGUGAAUCAAAGGUGGUUUUUUGUAGCACUAUCGUACCCCAGUACUCAUCCGCUGGUGGUCAUCAACGGCGUCGCUAUGGCGGUCGUGUUCUUCCUCGUCCGGAUCGCCGUGAUGCCCCCGUACUGGGCGAAGGUUUUCGCUACGUUCGGUACGCCAGAGUUCUACCGGUUGGGUCUCGGCGCUCAGGUCGCUUGGAUCGUAUCUUGCGUUUGCCUGGACAUCUUAAAUACAAUCUGGAUGUACAAAAUCGCUCGCGGCUGCUACAAGGUCCUCAAAGGCAAGCUGAGAGGAAGCAAAUCGGACUCCAAACAGUCCACUCACAUGAACAACCACAAAGACUGAGCUAUUCAUGGGAAUGUAGAGAACAAUAUCAGCAAUAAUGACUUAUAGAUUAAUAAAUGUAUUGUUUUUCCCAGACCGGGAUAAACUUCCUUAUCGUGUGUCACAGAGGCUGAGAGGAGAGAUCAUAACCCGUGUUUCACUUGCUUGACUUUUACCGGUCCAGUUAGUCAAAGUAACUAACCUGUUAUGCAUCAAACACAACCAAAGGCCUCAAGUGCCUCUUAACGUAAGGAGACGCUCCAUCACAUCUCCAUUAUAAAGCCGGUGCCGAUCAAAUCUUCUCUCCUUGUUUCACACGCCUGCUGAUGUGUCGCAGUCAAAUAUCUACAUUGCCAGUAUACUCUGACCGGUUACGAGCCUCCAUGAAACCACAGAUCUACCUCUAUGAAGAGCACAAGCAGAUCUGCCGUCUUAAGCACAAGCAGAUUUUUAUAUCCAUCUCCAAGUGACGUUACAGGACCAGCGGAGGACGGUCUGGUCAAAUCAAACACUCAUAACCUUCACUGUUAAACUUCAACACUUGCUUUGUUGCACGUGCAGCAGCAGUCCGAUGAAGGUUGAAGCCUUCGGGGUUUUUUAUAAUAAGUUUCCUUCGCCGUAUGACUAUGUUAUAUGAAGGACAUUAAUGUGAUGCCGGUGACGGUCGUGUGCAUGCUGUGUCUGCUCAUUUUUCUUCGCUUUUGCUUGUAUUUUUCACGUCACGGCCUCUCCGAAGUGCUUAACAGUCAGUGAGCGAGGCACAAGCUUUCCUUACCUUUUCUCCUGCCAAAUGAAUCUUUUCUCCCAUCCUUUAGGUCUUUGCAUGCGUCAUGAUGUUGAAUGCUGCUGUCGUGCUCUUCUUGAAUCUGAUUUCCGGCUGAUAUUUAUCUGUGCUGUGGUAUUGCGAAUAUAUGUAUGAACGUAUGCAGUACUUUCUUCUGCCAAGUAUUAGACAACGAGAGUAAAUCUCUGUAUUUUCAGAGGCUUCAAAAUCAGGUAGGCCUCCAAAACGAAUGUUAUUUCAUCUUAAAAUCAUCAAAGAAUUGGUGACACAGAAUGUGACCCUGCUGGAUAAGAGGGAAUUUCGUAGGAAGUUUUGCCUUACGUCCAUAAUUCUAAGUAUAACCAAAUACUCCUCCAGACCUUAAAUGCUAAAAGCUGUGACCGUAAGAUAUAUAUAAAAUGUAUGUUUGGGAGAUGAAAUGGCCGUUUGGUUGUGUAAUAUCUAACGUGAUGUGUUUAUGGAAAUGAAGUUAUGGUCUGUGGUACGACAUCCAAACACCUGUUGCACAAUCUGAUGCCUUUUGAUAUAGUUUUGAUAUCAUUGUAGUGUUUUUCAGGGACUGGCCGUUCCUAGUAUGAUACUAGUAUUGAGGUUUUUAAGGGCUAACCAAAAUCAACAGAAAAUUUGACUGAUAAUACUCCUCCAAAUAAUGAAAACUAACAUUUACAUGCAGUUAUAGAUUUUUAAUAGAUCAGUCAUGCAGAUAUGUUAGAUGUUAGCAUAUAGCACUGUAGCUUUAAUCCAUUGCUCCGAGACUAAAGGUUAUAAAUGAUAGGGUGUAGAUGUUAAAGUACUUCACUGUAAAAGUGAAAGCUGCACUACUUAAAAACAUAUUUUAAUUGGUUACGCCUAAAAAAAAAAAGUUUUAUAAACGUACAUUUUCUUUUAUUAAGUGACAAAUCAAUGUGAAAAAAUGUAAAGAAUUACUUCAAUUGGUAAUGCUCAAAAUAUGUAAACAUUUUCAACUUUAAUUUUUCACUUAAAGUGAGAAAAUUUAAGUGUAAAAAACAAAUUUUUGGCGUUACUUAUUAAAAUAAUUAUUCGAGUUGAUCCAACUUUUACUUUUUUCCAGUGUUGUUUCAAAACCGCUGUAGCUUUAGCACAAUCUUAAAGGGAAAUUCCACUUUUUAAAAAAAAUAUGCUCAUUUUCCAGCUCCCCUAGAGUUAAACAUUUGAUUUUUACCGUUUUGGAAUCCAUUCAGCUGAUCUCCGGGUCUGGCGCUCCCACUUUUAGCAUAGCUUAGCACAAUCCAUUGAAUCUGAUUAGACCAUUAGCAUCGCGCUAAAAAAUAACCAAAGAGUUUCAAUAUUUUUCCUAUUUAAAACUUGACUUUUCUGUAGUUACAUCAUCGACGGACAGAAAAUUCAAAUUUCGAUUGUUUUUUUUCGGCUGCUGCCUAAUAUCAUUGCGCCUCCUGCAGCCAUGUUACGGCAGCAAAGUCCUUUAUUAUUACGCCAGAAUGAGAGUAUAGUUCAUAGCCAUGUUUGCUUAGAAAAUCGCAACUUUUAAUUUUCCAUCGGUCUUAGUACACGAUGUAACUACAGAAGAGUCAAGUUUUAAAUAGGAAAAAUAUCUAAACUCUUUGGUUAUUUUUUAGCGCGAUGCUAAUGGUCUAAUCAGAUUCAAUGGAUUAUGCUAAGCUAUGCUAAAAGUGCUAGCGCCAGACCCGGAGAUCAGCUGAAUGGAUUCCAAAACGGUAAAAAAUCAAAUGUUUAACUCUAGGGGAGCUGGAAAAUGAGUAUAUUUUUAAAAAAAAGUGGAGUGUCCCUUUAAAGUUCAUGAGGCUGUACUUACUUGAAACGAUGUAAAAUAUGUGAAAUGCAGGUUAAAUUCCCACAAUUCAAAAUUCCAAAAUCAAUUUAAUGGUACGUUAUUUACUUACCUACCACCCUGUUAUAAUCUAUGCUUUUUGGACUGAACCCAUGGGCCAGUUUCCUGUAUAGCAUGUACUGCGUCCUUUUAUAAACAAACAGUAUUUAUGAUAAUCACAACUUGACUUGAGAUUAUUUCUCGCUGUCUUAAGAUGACUUAUUGGAAAUGGUGACCAGAGAAGCGUAUAACAAAAAGUUUUGUUAAAAGCUUUGAAACAUAAGUCAUGCAUUUUACAUUUCUGAUAACAAUUUACAAUAAGGUUGUGUUUGUUAACAUUAGUAAAUGCAUUAGCUAAGAAUGAGCAAUAUAGUUUUUUAUUAUUUAUUAAUCUAUUUUUUAAUGCCAAUACAGUUAUUCAUGUUAGUAUAUUGUGCAUUAACUAAUGUUAAUAGAUACAACUUUUGAUUUUAUUAGUAAAUGUUAAAACGAACAUGAACCAAGAUUAACAAAUUCAUGUUAGCUAAUGCGUUGUAAAGUGUUAAAAAAUACUAAUAAACCUGUCAAUUUUAAAAGACUAAUAAUGACAGGAGACUCCUAUUUGAAUACUGAUGUGAAAUCUAUCAUAGCUGAGUGACUUUCUACCUGUUAAAAUGUUCGGACAGAGAUUUUGUUUUCUGUUGCUGACAGUCUGGUGUUCAACGAAAUAAUUGUUAUUUACUAUACAGUAGGUGCAAUUUGGUGAUUAUCCCCAUGCCAGUAUUAAAAAUCCAUGUAUACUGUAUAGAAUUAAAUCAAGUUGAUUUAUGUAUUAAAUGAACUGGAAGUUUCAAGUGAUUAUAAAAAUACUACAAGGAACACAAAACUGUUGAAUAAUUGUUAAACUGAAGUUCAGUUUUUGUCUGGAUCAUUUCAUUAAUUGAUUGAUUUUAUGUUUUUUUAACACGUCACCGUGUUUUGUCUCAUUUUGGAAUUUUUAUGUGAAAUUCAGCACUCAACAGGGGUCUUAGUGUACCUGUGAUAACGUACUUUAAAAUAAUGGAUGACAAGUAUUACGACUAAUAACAUCAUCUUGGUAGUGGUCAAAUCAUGAGAAAUGAGUAUGGUUCAUUAAUAAACUUACAAUUAUAGGCAAACUAAA